CAUAGCACAUCUCACAUUUCAAGAAGUAUCUCACACUAGAUUCCGAACUCACAUUGCGUCUAAUCUCAUCUAGGAAGAGACGACCAAAACUAGCCAGGCAAAGCGAGGAUGAGCUCGAGCCAGAGGACGCUCCGGGACGUGAUGAUGCAGGAGGACAGGCCGACCACCAUGGCCAGCCGCCUCCUCGCCCCGGACGCCUCCCUCUCCAACCCCUCCUUCCGCAACUACUACGGCGUCGCCUCCGCGGGCUCGGUGCCGUUCCACUGGGAGUCGGCGCCGGGGACGCCCAAGAACGACGGCUUCUCGUCCAGGGCGCUCCCGCCCAUCACGCCGCCACCUUCCUACUACAGCAAGACGAAGAUCACCAAGUCAGAGUCCUCCAAGAAGCUGCUCUCAUCCUCCAGGCCGGCCAGCUUCGUCCCGACGAUGUUCCGCAGGAGCCACACGAUGCCGGCUCCCUCGCCGUCCAAGGAGUGCAGCCGGAGGAAGAGGCUGGUGGCCAGCCCGCCGCGGUCGUCCUUCUCGUCGACGUCAAGGGGAGAUGACGAAGAAGCGGACGGCGGGGCGGCGUCACCGACAUCUACCCUGUGCUUCCGCGCCCGGCGCUCCGGCGGGGGAACCGGCAGGCUGCAUGGGAUGAUUGCCUCCGUGGUGGGAAGGUAAAGUUUGGCUGAAUCUUGACUACGGUGGUUUCCAUUUUUCGACCGUCUAUCGCCUCGUUGGGUAGUUUUACAGUACUGUGUGGCUUCAUCUUUGUUUACUACGCCGGAAGCAGACGGCAGGAGGUUAAUUUGUAACUUUACGCGGUUACAAGCUUAUGACAUGGAUAUUAAGUUUUGGACACGGUAGAACAAUAAUGUGCUUAAUACGCAUGAUCAGUUUCUGCCAUUUCGUGUAUAUAAUUUGCGUGCUGAUGUUAAUAUCUGUGUUACUGACUCUCUGUGUCUGUCUGUUACCGUGUUUGGAGAAAAAAGGGUAUGUAUAUUACUGCCUUUUUAUCAAGUAUUUUUACCAUGGACACUAAAUUAUAGACAUGGUUGUAUGGAUUGUGCCUUCUUUGAGGUUGUAUCAUCUUCUUUACCAAAUACAUGUAGGAUGUGGCUCUCAUGCAUGGUUUAAAGCAAUAGGUUGUUCUAAAUAAUAAUGUUUUUAAUA